AUGCCAACAAAAUUCCGCAAAAAUAUUUGGGUCAAAAGAGGAGAUUAUAUUUUAAUUGAACCGAUCAAAGAAGGCGACAAAGUCAAAGGAGAAAUAGUUAGGAUACUGACCAACGAACAUAUAAAGCAUUUUAGAAAGGAGAACGUUUGGCCCGAGGGAUUUAAAGAGGAAACAAGUAAGGAAGAAAAUAGCGAUGAUUUGUUUGUAAACAGAAAUAGACCUGUGAUUGACACUGACACCAGCAGUUCCAGCGAUAGUGAGGAGUCUUCCAACGAAGAGGAUAGUGAGCCUGAAUGUAAUAAAGGGACUAAAUCGAUAAAUUAA